CAGUCAAGCAUCCCACAGCCUCUGCAAGUACCGCCCUCGCGAGCGCGUCGCCAAUUCGCUCUCCGGCUCGCCCAACGCAGGGCCCAAAUCGAAUCGGCACGUGACGCAGAGGACGAUCUAGACGAUGAUUCAUUGCCCAAGACGCAAGAGGAGGAAGAACGCGAAGGCCACCAGCGUUUUGCUCGCAUGUUUGAAGGCAUAGAAGACUCAUCUGACGACGACAGCAUGCACAGCGGCGAAGGUCAAGGAGAGGGAGGCCAUGAGUUCGGGAGAAAUUCUCCAGAGAAGUGUGCUAGCCCUGAGAAAGCGGAGCUUGACAGUGGUGGGGAAGGCAACGUGACGAGUGGUGAUGGAGCGCGGAAGUUUGUGGUGUAG